AUGGGCCGCAGCGGCGCCGGCAAGACGUCGAUGCGGUCGGUAAUUUUCACAAACUACACGGCGCACGACACGCGGCGACUGGGCGCAACUAUCGAUGUGGAGCACUCAACCGUGCAGUUCAUGGGGGACCUCAGCCUGAACAUCUGGGACUGUGGUGGGCAGCACAAGUACCUCGACAACUACCUGAACGAGCAAAAGGAGAACAUUUUUGGCAACGUUGAGGUGCUGAUCUAUGUGUUUGACCUGGAGACGACCAACCAGGAGAGCGAGUACGAGCUUUAUGACGAAUGUCUUCAGAACCUGGGGCUGUACUCGCGCGACGCCAAGGUAUACUGCCUGGUGCACAAAAUCGACAAGAUCCUGGACGACGACAUGAAGGCGCAGACAAUCGCGAGGUAUGAGCGCGCGAUCAAGAAGCGCACCAAGGGGUUCGACAUGGAGGUGUUUGGGACAAGUAUCUGGGACCACACUAUUUACCGGGCGUGGUCGCGGAUUGUGUACAAGCUUAUUCCGAACAUGGCUACGAUUGAGCGGCACCUGCGCAACUUUUGCGAGCUGACGGAGGCCUCGGAGGUGGUCUUGUUUGAGCGGGCUACGUUCCUGGUGGUAUGCCAUACGACGGUCGACGAGACACAGUCGCUGAACCGGUAUAUGAACGUGAGCCAGGCGAUCAAGGACUACCGAAGAACGUGCCAGGCCGUACAGGCGCCGUUCCACAGCAUGGAGGUGCGCAACAGAUACUACUCCAUAUUUGUCGAGCCCUUUACCAAGAGCACGUAUAUCCUUGUCAUCACCACGGAUCCCGAAGUCGAGCCAGCCGUCACCAAGGCCAACAUCAAUGCCGCGCGGAGUCACUUUGUGAAGCUGGCCGACAACAGCGAGGUUCUGCAGUAA